GAUCUUUUUUCUGUGUUAUCUGUUAUAAACAAUCGAGUAAAGCCAGAAGCGGCAGAACACUCGCACAUCCGCCAUUUUCGUACGUUAGAAAGAAGAAAUGUCUUGAAAAACUUGGUUAUAAUUUUUCAUUGAGAUAUAUUCAAGAGAAGCAUAAAGGAAAUGCUGCUGGCAAAAGCUCCUCCAACUCCAGUCACUGUACACUUGAGCCACAAACCUAAAUUCAGAUUCCUUGAAACGAACUGGAAGUCAUCCCCCAACCGCCAUGAGAGCGGGUUCAGAUUGGUUGUUAGAGCUGGGUAUAGGCGCACACCGAUGGAAAACCCUGGAGCUUAUCAGCUGAUCGAUGAUGACACAGGCGAAAAGUUCAUUGUUUGGGGAGGAAGCGAUGAAGAUCAUCAUCAUGAGUCUCCUAUUCCUUCUAAGGACGUUCUCUCUUGGAACCCCUCUACUGCUCCCACCACGGUUCCCAUUUCAAAUCAAAAUGAGCGGUACAAUAAUUUAAAUGAUGCCAGAAAUACGGAGGCUUCCGUCAAUAGUAAUACUGCUAGUGAAGCACGUGCCAGGGGUUUUGCUGCAAAUUUUGGAAGAUUAAAAGCACAGAGAGUGCGAGCUCUAGUAAAAAAUACUUCUCAGAUAAAGCAAGAUGUGACAGAAAAUGACGACAAAAUUACUUAUAAAAAAAAAGAAAAUGACGACAAAAUCUUUGUAGAAGAUAGUUCAUUUGGUAAGCAUGUCAUUUCACAUCCUAAACAGGAACGUAUUGGGAGAAAGAAUAAAGAAAUUGCCUUCAGAAAUAGAGGAAGAGUUCCAGGAGCCUCCCAAUCCCAAGAAACCAGUGACAUGAUGCAAAUAACAGGGACAGCAGACAAUUUUGAUCAUUCUCCAAAACAUGGUUUUGAACCACACUUAGAGAAUCUAAACACACCGGGUAAACCUAACAAAUCAGAUACUAAAACUCAGAUAUCAGAUAUUUCAGUGCCAAGAGGUUCUGCUCGGAACCUAAGAGGUUGGGGCAGUGCAGGGUCCAUAGAUAACUAUCAAUCUGAAGACAUUCUAAAGCGAAUGAGGAAAUUGUCUACUGGCAGGGUGGACUUUUUCAGUAAAAAAUCAUUUGGAGAAUUGGGCUGCAGUGAAUUUAUGAUUGAAUCUUUAAGAGGGUUACGUUUCUCGCGCCCUUCACAUAUACAGGCCAUGGCAUUUCCAUUUGUUAUUGAGGGAAAUAGCUGUAUCAUAGCUGACCAAAGUGGAUCGGGAAAGACAUUGGCUUAUCUUGCACCAAUAAUUCAGCGUCUGAGGCAAGAAGAACUUCAAGAACUUAGCAAAACCUCGUCACAAAGUCCUCGAGUUGUUAUCAUCGUACCAACUGCCGAGUUGGCUUCCCAGGUUUUGCAUAAUUGCAGAGCAAUCUCAAAAUCUGGGGUUCCAUUCAAAUCUAUGGUUGUGACUGGUGGUUUUCGACAGAGAACUCAAUUGGAAAAUCUAAAACAGGGUGUUGAUGUUCUAAUUGCAACGCCUGGUCGUUUUAUGUUUCUGAUUAAAGAAGGCUUCUUGCAGUUAAUAAACCUAAGAAGUGCUGUGUUGGAUGAGGUCGACAUACUCUUUAAUGAUGAGGAUUUUGAAGUAGCACUGAAAAGUUUGAUAGAUUCUUCACCUGUUACCGCACAAUAUCUAUUUGUGACUGCAACUUUGCCAAGAGACAUAUACAACAAACUAGUUGAAAUAUUUCCUGAUUGUGAAGUGAUCAUGGGGCCUGGUAUGCAUCGUAUAAGCCCUGGCCUUGAAGAGGUUCUUGUAGACUGCAGCGGACAAGAUGAGAUUGAGAAAACUCCAGAAACUGCUUUUUUGCAUAAGAAAUCUGCUCUACUGCAGCUGGUGGAGGAAAGCCCAGUUUCCAAAACAAUUAUUUUCUGUAACAAGAUUGAGACAUGUAGAAAAGUUGAGAAUGCUUUAAAGCGUCUUGACAGAAAAGGGACUCGCGUCCAAGUUCUACCCUUCCAUGCUGCUAUGGAACAAGAAUCAAGGCUUGCAAAUUUCAAGGAGUUCACCCGUAAUCAGACAGAUAGAGUCUCUCAGUUUUUGGUUUGCACUGAUAGAGCAUCACGCGGAAUUGACUUUACUGGGGUGGAUCAUGUUGUACUCUUUGACUUCCCACGUGAUCCUAGUGAAUAUGUGCGUCGCGUUGGAAGAACUGCUAGAGGUGCCAGUGGGAAGGGUAAGGCAUUCGUCUUCGUGGUUGGAAAGCAAGUCUCCCUUGCACGAAAUAUAAUGGCAAGAAACCAAAAGGGUCACCCAUUGCACGACCUGCCAUGUACAUAGUAGCUGAUGAGUGAGAAAGCUGCUUGUUGAACGGGGUACUGAUGCAAAAGCUGACUUUGCCAUUGGAAAAUAGCUGUUGAUUUUAAUGAUCUUACUGUGGAAGAAAGUCCAUGCAAUUGCUUGUUUUAGAUAUCAGAUGAUGAUGUUGAGAUGAUGAUGUUGAUCCCAGAAUACUGUGGGAAACACAGUUUUGAAUUUCUCAUGUAUAUUUCGAGCUUGUUCUCUCA